UCACAUUUCAUUAAUGAGGUGUCUUCGUGCGACUAGCUAUUAAACAAAUUAAAAUAUAAUAAGUCUUUUCGACAAAAACUGAAAUUUCAAAUUUUUACAGUUUUUCUUUUGGAAAUUGUGAAUCGCUCACUCAUUAUCGCUGACAGGAAACGCGUGGACGAUUUUUACAAGGUGACUGCACGCGUCAUCCGUUCAAAACAGCUCCAGCUCGCAUGCUUUAUUGCUCUCACACUGGCAUGCCUUCGUAAAACAUUAUAUUUCGAACAUAUGAAGGAUAAUAAGGUCGGAUCCAUCGUAAGUAAAUCUUCUCACGGUGCGGGCAUGUAUGGAGCUUGGAAAUGGAAACUUGGUAACUGGCGCCACCUUGCGCAUGCAAUGUGUUCAGAGAUUGGGAAAGUAAAUGCCGCCCUGGAGUGGUUCUGCCUCUAAGAUUGCUUGGCUCAGAUUUAGCCUCAGCACUUCCAGCCUCAAGGCUUCACACCCAUGCAUUUUACAUUUCCCGCCUACUGCCACCGACACCAACCGCCGAUGAUUUCAUUCCUUUGCGUUGAAUGAUCGUUUUCCGACACAAACCGCUUCAGCAAGUCGCAGUUUUUGGUGACUUUUGGAUUUGCGUUUUAUUGGUUUGCACUUGCUGAUUGUUUUUCAACGUUUUGUUUCGAGUUUGUUAGCAAGGUUGUAUGUGAAAUUGUGAAUAUCAUUGGGCUUUACCUUCUGAAGAAUAUGAACAGGCUUCUAUCACGGUUUUCUUAAGCCAGAAUUAAUUUACUGCCGCUCCAAGCGUCCAGGUGACAUUGGGGACAGAACGCCAGACUAGAACCGGAGCUGCAAAGCAAAGAACCCCGGAGUCCGAAGCGGUCACGUUUAAGCUGAAAAGUAAACGGCUGAAACAAUGUGUGACCAAGUCAGUACGACGGAUUCCUGGACAUUAACAAGCGCGAAUCCGUUUGCGGCGCUGAGUUCAUCCCACGAGGAAACACCCGAAACAGGAGUUCCGGUGUUUCGCGAGAUUGUCGGCACAACGGUGAAGUUCUGUCCGGUGAUCGGAAGCGAUAUGUUGAUUAAAGAAGACCCAGAUAAGAACGUUACGCUGAUGACAAAGAACAUCUGCAUCUCUAUGAUGCAAGAGUACGGCGAGAAGAAGAGCCUGGAAGAACUGCGACUGGAGGACUACGAAGCCAGUCGCAAGACGGGAACCGGCACCAAUGCCGUCGAGGUAGACUUCGGAGGUUUCAGGAAGCCAGUUCCGCCAGAUUCGGAGACCAUAUCUGCAUUGUCAGUUGGAACACAAACGGAUGCCGCUCCAAGUUUUCUCUCAUGGCCCAAGUACGAGGGUUUGUUCGGCGGAUCCGGAUUAUUCCCAGCGUCCAUGUUCAACGCGAAUCCAGUGGGCACGACGGUGAAGUUUGCUCCGGUUACUGGCACAGAUACCGCGAUGAGAAACGCCGCGACUACGAAUAUUGCGACGAAAACGUUCUGCAUUAGCAUGAUGAGAGAGUACGGGGAGAAGAAGAGUAUGGAGGAGCUGCGAUUGGAAGACUAUGAGGCUAACCGUAAGACGGGAACAGUCACCGGGACACCGAUGGGAAUGUCCGGGCAAGCUGGAGGAUUAUUUGGUCCAUCGCCACCGUCCCUGUUUAAUAGUGUCAAGGCCUCUGUUGGCACGACCGUGAAGUUUGCCCCUGUCAUGGGCACAGAUACCGUGAUGAAAUUCGGCCUGAAUACGAACAUUCAGACGAAGAAUUUCUGCAUCAGUAUGAUGAAGGAGUAUGAAGAGCAAAAGAGUAUGGAAGAGCUGCGGCUGGAAGACUAUCAAGCGAAUCGCAAGACUGGCAGCGCGAGCGCGCCUUCGGUGGGGAUAAACAUACAAACACACCAACCAGCGGCCAGUGGAGGCAAUAACGGAUCGUUUAUUUUCGCUCCAUCUGCGAAUCAGACAUCGUUUGUCCCAUCUUCUGAUCAGCAUUCUUCUGGCCAGCCUGCGGUUUCAGAGUCGCAGAGUGCGAACUUAAGUUUCUUUGGAUCUCCGUUGGGAAAACCUGCGGCUUCACAGCCGCCAGGCACGAGCACAAGUGUUUUUGGAUCUCCGUCCGGACAACCCGCGGUUACGCCGUUUUUUACAGGUUCAUCCGGCGCUACGUUUGGUACCUUUGGAUCCCCCGCUCAAAAUACGACGCCUGGGACAAGCAGUGGCGUUUUCACUGGUCAGCCGGCCCCUGCAGCUGCUACUGGAGGACUUUUCGCUGGAGGCAGCAUUUUUGGCGGCAGCAUUUUUGGCGGCUCUGUUCAGCCGCCACGUUCACAACCUUCGAGUAACUUUGGAUCCCCUGCUCAGAAUAGGAUACCAUUUGCAAACAGUUCCAUUUUCACUGGUCAGCCGGCACAAGCAGCUGCUACUGGCGGACUUUUCGGUGGAAGCCGCAUUUUUGGCAGCUCCGCUCAGCCGCCGCGUUCACAACAUUCAAGUACCUUUGGAUCCUCCGUUCAAAAUACGACGCCUGGGACAAACAGUUACGCAUUCCCUGGUCAGCCGGCACAAGGAGCUGCUAGUGGAGGACUUUUCUGUGGAAGCAACAUUUUUGGCAGUUCUGUUCCGCCGCCGUGUUAUCAACCAUCGAGUACCUUUGGAUCCCCUGCUCAGGGUACGACACCAGGGGCAAACAAUGGCGGUUUCACUGGUCAGCCGGCACAGGCAGCUUCUGCUGGAGGACGUUUCUAUGGAGACAGCACUUUUGGCGGCCAGUCUUCAAAUAUCUUUGGAUGCUUUGCUCAGAAUACGACACCCGCGAGAAACACUUUCGCUUCAGGUAGUCAGUCUACUCAGCCACCUGCUACUGGGGGACUUUUCAGUGGAGGCAGCACCUUUGGCGGCUCCGCUCAGCCGGGACCAUCAAGUUUCUUUGGGUCCACUGCUCAGAAUACGACACCCAGGAGAAACAGUUUCGCUUUCCGCAGUCAGUCUGCUCAGCCAUCAGCUGCAGGAUGGCCUUCCAAUGGAGGCAGCUACGGGUUCGGUUUGGGUGCUCCCGUUCAACCGCCGCGUUCGCAGUCAUCGAGUUUCUUUGGGUCCACUGCCCAGAACACAACACUCGGGGCAAGUCUGUUUGAUCGGCCCGCGCAACCAGCUACUGGAGGAUCUUCCAAUGGAGGCAGCUACGGGUUCAGUUUUGGUGCUCCCGUCCAGCCGCCUCGUUCUCAGUCAUCAAGUCUUUUUGGAUCCACUGCGCAGAACACGACACCCGCGGCAAACACUUCCGGUUUGUUUGGUCAGCCUGCACCACCAGCUGCUACUGCAGGAUCUUCCAGUGGAGGCAGCUAUGGGUUCGGUUUUGGAGCUCCCGUUCAGCCUUCGCAUUCUCAACCAUCAGUUUUCUCGGGACCCACUGCCCAGAAUACAACCGGGACAAACACUUCCGGUUUGUUUGGUCAGCCGCAACAGCCAGCAGCCACUGCAGGAUUUUCCUUUGGAAAUCCUAAUCUUCCAGGAUAUGGAUCCUACACUGCUUACCCGCCGGGACAUGUUUUUGAUCAGCCUCGAGCAGCCGCUGCUGGUUUGCCCGGACAAGCGGCUGCCGCUGCGCCACUGUUCCGGAUUAACAUCACCGCAAACGCUGCCGGAAAUGGUUUCGUUGUAGAAUUUUUACCUAACUAGGACUGCCGUUCGUUUAUUCGACCGGAUAGCCAGAAAAGCUUGAAGGACUGCAGCAGCAGUGGAAAUUUAAAAAUUGUUUGCACUGGUGAAAUUUCUCGGUUUUUGUUUUGUUUUUCGAUGGUCAGCGACUGCUACGCUUUUUGACCCUGCUUUUUUUGUACGAUACCUUGUAAAGACGUAAGUGUGCAAAGCCGCAAAAUUUUGUUUUGGAAGGUUGUUUCCGGCGUUUUCCAGUUGUUUUUGGGCGGAAUUUUUCUGACGGUGUACGAAUAAAUUG